AUCAUCCUCUUGUUGUAGUAACCUCCCUAGUAACCAUAGUAACCAUAGUAACCAUAGUAACCAUAGUAACCAUCCGAGAUGUCAUCUCCCUCUCCUCUCAAGCUGUUAGUGAUGACGGUGCUAUUAGUAGUUGUAAGAGCCGGAGGUAAUCAGUGCUCAACGAAAUGCCAUUUCGACCAGGCUCAACACGGGAUGCCUAUGUUAGAAGUAGCUCCAGGCCAGUAUCAGGGGCCGGUACUGUAUAUUGAGGAUUGUGAUACGGACUGCCCUCUUCCUGAGGUGUGUUUGCAUAGUCAAGAUCCGGACAACACUCGCAACAUUUCCAACGUCUGCGCUCCUGCUAGUAGUUUGUGCGACUUCAACCAAGACACCAAUUGUAUGCACCAUAUAAUUGAGAGCUUAGGGGAUGCCCUGCCUUUUCCUUUCGAGAAAGAUCCAACUGUUCCUGAGGCCCCAACUGUUCCUGAGGCCCCAACUGUUCCUGAGGCCCCAACUGUUCCUGAGGCCCCAACUGUUCCUGAGGCCCCAACUGUUCCUGAGGCCCCAACUGUUCCUAAGGCCCCAACUGUUCCUGAGGCCCCAACUGUUCCUGAGGCCCCAACUGUUCUUGAGGCCCCGGUUGUUGCACCAACCCCUGUUAAGAAUAUACCAGUUAACAAUGAUCUCACCGAGGCAGAUGAGACCAAUGUUGAGACGAAUGAAACAGAUGAGACAGUUGAGACGGAUGAAACAGAUGAGACAGUUGAGACGGAUGAGACAGUUGAGACGGAUGAGACAGUUGAGACGGAUGAGACAGUUGAGACGGAUGAGACAGUUGAGACGGAUGAGACAGUUGAGACGGAUGAGACAGUUGAGACGGAUGAGACAGUUGAGACGGAUGAGACAGUUGAGACGGAUGAGACAGUUGAGACGGGUGAAGAUGAGAAGGAUGAGACGGACGAAGAUGGCAGCAAUGUUGAAUCUGCUGGAUGUCUAACUAGCUUCUCUUCUCUGGUGGUUACCUCACUACUGCUCACCUCCUUGCUUGUAUUUCAUUAGAGAAGUUAUUGUUAAGUAUGAUCAGAGCUGCAAAUACCGAGCUGACAUUGGGAACCCUAAAUAGG